ACCCACCUAACUUCACGACUUUGCCACUCUCUCCACUCCUCCUUAAAACCCCAAUUUCAUGUUCUUCUCCCACUCUUCCCAUCUCUCCAAACCUCAACCUGCCAUUCCACUUCUGUCAAAUUAACCGCCUCUUUCUCACCUGGGUCUGCCAGCAAGGCCUCAAUGGCAGCUUCUACUCCCUCAACAGAGACAGAGACAGAGACCAAACCUUUCUCUGUCCUGUUUGUGUGUUUGGGCAACAUCUGCAGAAGCCCAGCUGCUGAAGGAGUCUUCACUGACUUGGUCAAGAAGAGGGGUUUGGAUUCCAAGUUCAAGAUUGACUCUGCUGGCACUAUUGAUUACCAUGAGGGAAAUCAAGCUGACCCAAGAAUGAGGGCGGCCUCUAAAAGGCGUGGGAUUGAGAUAACUUCUCUAUCCAGGCCGAUUAAGGCGGCUGAUUUUCGAGAUUUCGAUGUUAUUCUUGCAAUGGACAAGCAAAACCGAGCUGAUAUUUUGGAGGCGUUUAAUAGGUGGAAAUUUAGAGAACCACUACCUGAGGAUGCUUAUAAAAAGGUCAAGUUAAUGUGUUCUUAUUGUAAGAAACAUGAUGAAACUGAAGUGCCGGAUCCUUAUUAUGGUGGAGCUCAAGGUUUCGAGAAGGUUUUAGAUUUACUUGAAGAUGCAUGUGAGUCAUUGUUGGACAGUGUAUUGGCCGAGAACAAGCAUAUUUUGGAUUCCUAAUAAUACCUUCUCAGGAUUUGAUAACUGAAAUGUCCAUUGGUGCAUAAUGCUUGUUACUAUUGAUGUAACACAGCUAGCUUCUUGUUGGCAAUGUGAGGUAGUAUUUUGUUCUGUAUUUGAUCAA